CGUCAAAAUUCAAUCUCUGUUCAAAAUUGCUGUCAAUUUAUUGUUUAUUUUUAUUUACAAUAAUUCUGUAAUUGUAUUGUAUUUGUGCGAAGCAAUGGUUAAUUAUUGCUGUGUCGUUGGCUGCGGCCGCAAUAGUAAAACGAACAAGCAUUUAAAUUUUUAUAGCUUGCCAAAACAAAAGCAUCGUCAAAAACAAUGGUUAAGGGCUGCUGGAAAGGAAGAUUUAUUAGAUCAGGACAUGGAGAAAUUACGUAGAUCACUCAGAUUUUGUUCCCGCCACUUUGAACCAUUAUGUAUAAAAAAUAAGCAUCUUCAUGUUGAUGCUAUUCCUUCUUUAAGAUUGCCAGGAUCACUGUCACAAGAAGAUACAGACGAACCAACAAAACAUGAUGGGGUGAUAUGUGACGUGUGCUCCGAUCCCAUUGUUGGAUUCCGCUACAAGUGUGUAACUUGUGACAAUUAUGAUCUGUGCCAGAAAUGCGAGAUGCUGGAAGCACAUGCAGAUCAUUAUAUGUUGAGGAUACCUAAAUCUUUGAAUUUUAAAUUAGCAGAUAACUUGCUAGAAAAAUGGCGAGAGCUCUUCAAAUCAGAACAUGUUACAGCAAAUAAUGAUGACUUUGAAAAUAAUUCAAGUGACGAUGAACCCAUAACAAAAUAUAUUAAAGAUAGUCACAAUUGCCUAAAUCUUACUGAAGAUGUCAAAAGAGAAAUACAAGAUGAAAUAUCUCGAGCUAUGAUGUCUUUAAAAAAUAAGCAAGUAAACACCGAAAAGCAGCAAAAAGAUGGUUUGCAAAUUACGCUAAAUACGUCAAAUCCGAUAUACACACCAUAUUUUGGAGAAAACACAACAACUUUUGAGACAAAUGCUAUUAAUUAUUCGGAAAACCCUUCAAAUUUAAUAGAUAUGGACACACCAAAUAUGUCCAAUUUGAAGGAUGAGGUUGUAACAGAAAGUAUACCAAAUGUACCCACAAAUGUACCAGAGUUGGUAUUUGCUGAUGUUAAUGAAAUUAAAUGUGACGAUACAUCGAUCAAGAAUGAAUCUUUGCCAUCACUGUCUGUGAUAAAUACAAGCACAGAAACAGGUCAAAUGCAACCAGUACUCUACUUGAAAUUCAACGAUGUUCUAACUCAGUUAAUGCUGAGCGGACCGGCUGCGCAGAACCAACCAACUGUUAAUGUUAACCCAUGUAAUAUAUUUCAAGAAAAUUAAAAAUAAGUUGUAAUAA